AUGACUCGACCGUGUCAGGAGGUAAAGCCAAACAGCUAUUCGGAUUGGAAGGGUAACUGCCACUGCCUGCCUGGGUACACCGAAGAUACUGCUCUUCCCGACCAAAAUGGUACUGGAUACUUUCUGGACCUCAACAACACUCAAGUCGCACCGAUGUCGUUGUACGAGCCAGUGGUGUUCUUUGAGGGCGAUUGGGUUGGUGCCCUAAAUCCAUACGGAGUCUGCGUGCCAUGUAGGAAUGGGUACUAUAAGGAAUACCCCGGGUCUCACCCGUGCACAAAGUGUCCAGAGAAUUUUGACACUGCGCGCAUAGACGGCAACUGGGCUCCCCCGCACAAUUCUACGUCGGGGAAGAUCCUUGCCGGUCCCCUCGGGAAGACCAGAUUAGAAGACUGCCACUGCAUCGCAAACACUCCGAUCGAAGGUGUGGUAUGGGUGGACGAGCCUGAGCUUGAAUCCUAUUACCGAAACUAUUCUCGCGAAGGGUACAGAUGCGAUGUUUGUCCCCAUGGUGGUAACUGCACGGGCCUUGACAUACCGUAUAUUGCUGCGCAGCCCGGAUUUUACAGGACUAGCACGGUUACCACCAAAUUCAACAAAUGCCCUAAUCCAGAAGCCUGUGUUGGCGGGUUUGACAGCCUCUGCCUCGUGGGCAACAACAGUGGGUACACAGGAACGCUCUGUGCAAACUGUCUGCCUGGAUAUGCUCACCCGACCAUCAAUGGGCGCUUCCCUCCUCGAUGUCUGGGAUGUGGAAACGUUGGCAUCAAUACAGCAAUCUUCCUCGUGCAGCUUGCAGGCAUUGUGUCCAUCAUCUCCAUAGUUGUGUGGACAAAUGUCAGGCGCGGAUCCGAUGCCAUCUGCCUGAUCAAGACCUUCAUCACGUAUAUGCAGACUGUCUCCCUCGCUAAGGACCUUGACUUGCGAUGGCCAGAAGCAACGUCUGGCUUUAUGGUCUUCAUGGAGAAGUUAAGUACUAUAGACAUGCGAUCUUUCUCGGUGCAGUGUUUGUUCCCGGGCAACUACUACUCCGAGACUGGAUUGUAUCUUGCAACACCCCUGAUCAUGGGCACUGCCCUGCUGCUGUACUACUCAGUUUUCCAGUUCUUCGAAGAACAGAGAAGCUCAAUCUCGAGUAGACGGGGAAGGACGUCUAAGAUUGCAGAAAUUGAAGAGGAAUCGGAGAGCGACGAUGAUGGAGAUCGUAGCCCUGUGGUCAAAGCUGCAGAUCUCAGGACUAAGGUAAGGGUCGAGGCAAUGGACAACGCAAUGUUUGAGGAGUCAUGGGAAGCGAAAGCAUUUGACAAGGUUUUCAUGCUGGCGAUCAUUAUGCUGUGGUUCAUGUACCCCACGCUCGCCAAGUACAUGAUCGGUCUUCUGCAAUGCAAGCGCCUUGACACCGGAUCCGACAACGUCUUUCUGGUCGCAGAUAUGAGCAUCAAGUGCUACGACUCGACACACAGCAGCUGGCUGUUCCUCUUCUUCGUUGUUCUCAUCAUCUACGUCCUCGGCAUUCCAUUGCUGUCGAUGUUCCUCCUACAACUGGAAGGCGAAAACCACGAUCGACUCGGUAUGCGGUUCCGAGUCGGAUUUCUUUACAAAGGACAUGAUAUCGAGAGGGCUUGGUGGUGGGACCUUGUGAUAUUUGCUCGCAAAUUCACGAUGAUCAGCGUUGUCGUCCUCGGAGCUAA